AUGGACAAUGACGAUGCUCCCAGCAUCGGUGUUGGCGAGCUCAGAAUAGGCGACGGCUCGUUCGACCCUAGAGGAAAGGAUGGCAGAACAAUUUCCAGCAACCCACCCCCCCAGAAGGAUGCGAACGCGCCAGCGGCAAAGAAAUCUGGCCUGGGAAGACAGUUUGGGAGGCUUGGAGGCGCAGUCUCUGGCAGGAGCAAACGUAAUACUUGA